UGCAAAUAUACCUAUCCUGAAGUUUAUCCACAGUAUUCCAAAGAACAGUCUGUGCCUCAUUCUUCAAAACUGCUUAUUAUCGGCCUGCGUUCCAGAGUUUUAGAGGGCCAACAUACCACCUACUGAAACAGUAUACCAUGGAUCAUGAGGUGUGUGUUAGCCACGGUGGUGAUAUACUUGGUGAUAUAGAUGCUAUCCUAUAUGUUGAAAAACAUGGAUUGCCAUAUGUCGCUGAGUACAAGGAAGAUUUUCCAAAGGCAUAUGGCAUAGAGUUUGACGAAGCUCUGGACAAACUUCCAUCAUUUCCCCAGAAAGAGGUGAUAGAGGCAUUCAAUAUCCUGGCUUCAGUUCGUGAAUUGUACACGUGGAAAGCAUUGAGAGUACAAAUAAAGAGGAGGAGGAUUGAGCAGCUGGCAAUUGAAAUCACCAAAGAAGCCAUGGAAACUGAUAUUAAUCAGCUUCCUGAACGCUUUGAAAAGGGUGGCGACCUAGCAGAGAAAUUUUCUGAGAUGCUUCGGCUGUUUAUGGUUAUAGAAUAGGCUUCCAUAAUUGCCUCGUCCAUUCAUGCCAACCCCCACCAGUUCAUGUGGAGCAAGUCUUGAUGUGUCACUUUUGGUAUUUGGUGAUCUUGUGCAGGAAGCUGAGUUAUUUGCCUUGCUGAGUCGCGAAGUUGAAUAAAUCCGAAUACCCCUGGUGUAUCAGCGGAUCUACAGAGGAUCGAUGAUGUUUUUCCAUGUUGCGUGUAGGUAGAAUGAUAGAUAAAUGAGAACGGGAGCCCAUCUAGCUUAGCAU